AUGGGGCGAGCGCGACAAGAAGCGGCGCAAAGGCAGAGAGUGAUUGGGGUAGUCGUAAUCUCGGCGCUGCUAGCAUUGGGGCUGCUGGUGUGGCUGCCGUUCCAGGGGCAGGAUGCCCAGUACAUCGAACAAUGCCUUGCGGAGUGGGGCACUGCUCACUCUGACACGGAUCAGGAUAUGAACAUGGACCCCAGCAACUGCCCAAAGGAAAUGCCCCCUGCAUUGAGAGACGCUUACACGCUCAAUGGCCAGAUUGACGUCAUGCUGGAGUUCAAGUGCCAGACAGGCCCCGCCUACCAGAAGAAGCACCACUACUCGCAGGAACAGAUUGAUAGCACAAUUGCAAACGUGCAGAAGGGACUUGGAAACUACUACGGCGUUCUUGAUCGAUUGCUCUACAAGGCUCUGGAGGAGUUCCCUCUGCACAUGAAGGAUGUAAUAGUUCUAGGCAGUCAACGGCUGCGAUUCCUUACCGUGGCCGACUACGAUAAGAACUCCGAGUUGUUCGAGGUGGCCAUUUCGCUGUCGUCCUUCGAGCACGACGGUCUUGGCAGGUAG